UCUAAACAACCAUACAAAAUCAACACCAUCACCAUGCCCUCCACCUCCCAUCCCCGUUUGGUGUUCUAUUUGCUGUGCGUGGCCUCAUUGCUGGCAGUGGCCCGUUCCGAAGCCGUUUACGAAGGACCCUCAGCACCCAGUGAAGAUCUUGCCUAUGAAGCCACCAAACAAUUGGGUCUGCUAAAUCAUCGUCUAAAUCUGCUAAGACAAGAGGAGGAAGCCCGGCAAAUAAAACUGCCCAAUAUAACAUUUAAUUCUCUAGUAAAUCGUAUACCCUGCACCUGUGACAAGGGAGUAUGUAAAUGUUGUGCAGGCCUCUUGUCGGUUAUUGGCAUGAACUCCUGCACCGAAGUAGUUUAUAGACCCGAAGAAUUCUCUUUUGAGCUGAGAAUGCGUGUCAACAAUAAUGUUUGGUUUAAACGCAAGGUCUCAGGUCAAAAUCCUCCUCCCUUUUGUUUUAGACCUCCCCGGUUUGGUUUCGCUCAGGCCUGCAUACAAUUUCAUGAUAUUUGGUUUAUUGGCAGAAAUAUGCAUGUUUGCAUGUAUAUGUCGGGCUCAUUUCAGGGUUUUGAAUUGUUUGAGAGAAACUUUGAUUGUCUUUUAUUCGGUGAGAAGGGUGUCAAAAUUGUUAAACCCGAACAGGGUUAUCCAGUGCGUCCCAACGAUGUCGAAAUAGAUGAGGGCGAUGAUGAUAUCGAGGACUAUGAUGAGAAUGUGGUAAGGAAGAAGCGUUAUUCUGUGCAGAGAGAUUUGGAUACAAAUGCCAGAGCAGAUUAAAAUACGGCAAAGAACUAAGCAAGAAUGAUGGACGAGCUUUCAUAAACAAAAGACUUUGUUAUUGUAUAAAUAUGUAGUAGAAUUUCUU